GCUUUACCGCGUUUAUAGCAGAGAACACUGUCUGAAGAUAAAAUUUUGGAUGAGUAAAAGUUUCAAAAUUUUCAAAAAAUGUCUAUCUUCAUUUAUUAAAGACAUUGGCAUGUAUUUAAACCAUACCAUUUCUUUGUUUUUGAAUGAUUAUUACGAUCAUAUAUGGAGAGUUUUUAUUUUUUCACGAGCUUAGUCGUGAUUGGAUCGAUAGAAAAGUCGUUUACUCAACACUCUUACUGUAUCGAAGGCAACUUGUAUUACGUUAUCUUUCAAUUUCCAGCUCAGUUCUUACGAACAAAAAGGUUAUAAAAAUGUCAAGGCCUCUGCACCGAGGUGCACCUGCAAUACGGGUCACAAGCAGCAGCAAUGAUCUUUUGGACUCCCAAGUGAAAGAACAAACAGAAAAGGAAGAAUUUGAUAGAAACCAAUCUUCCCACAGGUUUCCUUUUUGGUCACUUUUUUCAGAUAAUUCUCCUCUUACUAAAUACGAUGCCACUGACAAUGGUUUUGCAUCUGAUCCUUUCACUGUUGGAACCCCAAGAAGUCGCCAUAGGUUAACAAUGCUACUUUUGAAGUCAAGUUUAGUUGUGAUUGUGAUUCUUGCUAUUACCGGUUCAUUUUGGUGGACACUUUCCAUUUCAACAUCAUCCAGAGGUCAUAUAUUUCAUAGUUCUAGGAGACUCCAAGAGCAGCUUGUUUCUGAUUUGUGGGAUAUAGGGGAGCUUUCUUUUGGUACUUCAAGGAUGAAAGAAAUAGAAUUUUGUCCUGGAGAGUUGGAGAACUAUAUUCCCUGCUUUAAUGUUUCGGAGAAUCUCGAUUCGGGUUUUUCGGAUGGCAAUGAGUAUGAUCGAGUAUGCAGACAAGGGUCUAGACAAAAUUGUCUAGUUCUUCCACCUAUGAACUAUAAAAUUCCUCUAAGGUGGCCAACUGGGAGAGAUAUCAUUUGGGUUGCAAAUGUUAAAAUCACUGGUCAAGAGGUGUUUACUUCAGGCAGUUUAACCAAGAGGAUGAUGAUGUUGGAGGAAGAACAGAUUUCCUUCCGUUCAGCAUCACUCAUGUUUGAUGGUGUGGAAGACUAUUCCCAUCAGAUUGCUGAGAUGAUUGGACUGAGAAAUGAAUCUAACUUCAUACAAGCUGGGAUCCGGACCAUCUUGGAUAUAGGAUGUGGAUAUGGCAGCUUUGGAGCACAUCUCUUUUCCGAACAGAUCUUAACCAUUUGCAUUGCGAAUUAUGAGUCCUCGGGCAGUCAAGUCCAACUCACUCUCGAAAGGGGCCUUCCUGCAAUGAUUGGUUCUUUCAGUUCAAAACAGUUACCGUAUCCAUCUCUUUCUUUUGAUUUGCUGCAUUGUGCGCGCUGUGGUAUUGACUGGGAUAAAAAAGACGGUACCUUCUUGAUUGAAGUUGAUAGAGUUCUAAGGCCGGGCGGGUACUUUGUGUGGACUUCACCUCUUAUCAAUGUUCAGAGUUCUCUUCGGAACAAAGAGAAACAGAAAAGGUGGAACUUUGUUCGUGAUUUUGCAGAAAACCUAUGCUGGGAAUUGAUGUCGCAACAAGAUGAAACUGUUGUGUGGAAAAAGACCAGUAAAAAAACCUGUUAUAACUCCCGGAAGUCUGGUUCGGGUCCUUCUAUCUGUAGCAAAGUACAAGAUGUUGAAUUUCCGUAUUAUCGACCCCUUCAGAACUGUAUAGGCGGAAUGCAUAGCCGCCGAUGGGUCCCUAUUGAGGAGAGGGCAACUUGGCCUUCUAGAUCUAACUUAAACCGAAGUGAACUAGCUUUAUAUGGUCUACAUUUGGAUGAACUCAAUGAGGAUACUGCAAACUAUAGGAUAAUUGUUCGUAAUUACUGGUCUCUUCUAUCACCGCUAAUAUUCUCUGACCAUCCGAAGAGACCUGGCGACGAGGAUCCUUCUCCACCUUAUAACAUGCUCAGGAAUGUGUUAGACAUGAAUGCUCGCUAUGGUGGUUUAAAUGCUGCAUUACUGGAAGCCAGGAAGUCUGUCUGGGUAAUGAAUGUAGUCCCAACAACUGGACCUAAGUACCUUCCCCUGAUUCUUGACCGGGGCUAUUUCGGUGUAUUACAUGAUUGGUGUGAAGCAUUUCCAACAUAUCCUAGAACUUACGAUAUGGUACAUGCAGAAGGACUUCUAUCUCUUGAGUCUAGUCAACAUUGGAGGUGCACCAUGGUUGAUAUAUUCACUGAGAUAGACCGGAUGCUUCGUCCCGAGGGUUGGAUAAUAAUCCGCGAUACGGCUCUGCUUAUUGACUCAGCUAGAGUUCUAACUAGGCGGUUGAAAUGGGAAGCCCGUGUCAUAGAAAUCGAAAGUAACAACGACGAGAGACUCCUUAUCUGUCAGAAACCCUUUUUCAAGAGACAACCAAGCUAAGAACAGUUUCUCAUGAAACCCGAAGUUCGAGUCACGGUGUUUUGUGCAUGUUUAAGUAAUCUUCAUAAAAGCUCCACCAUGAAUGGGGGAUACUAUAUAUUUAGAAUGGAAAUGAGAAAGCAGAAAGAUAAAAGGAGGAAAAACGAGAACGAAAGUCGACGGAACCAACAACCUGACUGACUCCUAUGGAUCCGUAAGGCAUACGUAGGACCUUGUAAGUACUCAAUCCGAGGCACCAUUGCAAGUGGAUAACGAGUAUUGCAUUAGAUUUAAAAUUUAAUGUUAAUGUCUCAUUAUAAACUAUACAACCCACAUGAUUAAAAUUGUGAAGAUGAUCUAAAGAAUAAGCAAAAGCAGUAAGCUGUGAAACCUCGGCAGUUGCCAUUGAUGAUGAUUUUUUCUUCUUCAUAUCAUUCAUAUUCAAUGGAAGAAAACUCAUUCAUUAAUCUGAA